GUCCAGCUGGUGGGCGGACGGCCCAGACUGGGCGGGCUUCGACUGGGGUGCCGGCCGCUGCGACGCGAUUGGCGCGGAGGCCCCUCCCGCCGCGCGCAGCCCCACGGACUACAAGGGGCUGCUGCAGCACAAGCUGCAGUUGCGCCUGGGCCGGCCAGUCCGCAAG